CUCCCCCCCCACGGCCUCCUCGAUGCCAUGAGCACCGCCGGCGCCCGCGGGCCGCCGCGCCCCCGCGCCGCCACGCGCGCGCUGCUCCUCGUGGCGGCCCUGGCGGCGCGCGCGGCCGCCGCGGAGGGCGGCCCGGCCGGCGGCGGCGCCGCGCGGUGCACGGGCGCCUCGGAGCCUGCGCGGGGCGAGGACCUCGACAGCGACUUCACCUCCUUGUUGGCGACGAGACGCGGAAGGAAAGACCUUCUCUCCAGCGGUGGUUUGCGGCCGACGUACGCCACUGGUGUUCACCACAAGACGGUCCCCACGCUGCAGUCCGACGAUGAGUUCGCGAAUGAUUUCGUCACAGACAGCCAGCCUGAGGGGCCGAUGCACCAGCCACCGUCGCUCCCAGCGAGCAAUGAGACGGAGGACGCCGCCAGCGUGGUGGACGACACCCCUAGCGGCACCACGGAAGCCACUGGUGGUGCCACGGACGCCUCCAGCACGGGGGGCGACACCAUAGGCAAUCUGGCGAAUGAUACGCUCGACAGCGCCACGGACGCCAUCGAUAGCGCCGUGGAUGCCGCAAACGGCACUCUGAGCAACGCCAUGGACGCUGUGAGCGGCGCUCUGGACUGGCUGACGGACGCCCUAGCAUCCGCCACCGCGAACGACUCGAGCAAGGUUGCCAGCACCAGUGACGCAGUCAGCACCAGCGGGAAGCCCGAAACAAGCGUGUCAGACAGCGUUAGCGUUGAUGCUGGCAACGAGCCAGAGCAGGCCACUGACACGAGCCGGCCUUUAAUCAGCCAGGGUGCUGCAAUUUGCUUGUUGUUGUUCGCCUUGGUUGCUGCGGGUGGAGUUGUCUUCUUGAUGAUGAGGACUCUGGACUGACCAUAUUGCUGUAUGUCUUUGGCGAGCGCCUGACCAAAGGGUCGAAUCGAAUAGAUCAUGCUCUCACAGCGGUAGGAAUGCCAGGCUCAUGCUAGUACGGGGUCGUAGCGCCGGUAAGCGACAGGAAGGCAGGAAGGAUAAUUGCUAAGCUGCAGCGUUAUUCUGCAUUUAUCCGUCGCUGGGCAAAUUGCCCUCCGUCUCUGUCAGCCCUGCCACAUGACUCGCUGCUCACUUUGCGCGCACUGUUUUUUUUGGCUGGGCCAACGACGACGAGCCUCUCAGCAGGUCGUCUAAAAUCUCAAUUUCGAAGGUUUUCGGCCCUCUGGUUCUCGGACCCUCAGCUUCACGCGUUGCGCGGGCGUCGCGCCCCGGCGCGCCUUUCAGUGCUGCUCGGGGCGGAGCGCGCGAACUGCUCUCCAGAGCCGACGGGGCCGCUUCGCGAACGGGCAUUCUCCAUCCCUCCUUUUCCUCCUCGUGCCGUUGGUCCUCCUGG